AUGCCGCACCUGGCCGGAAGCGGAGCCCUCGUCUUGGAGGCUCCCCCCCCGGGCACCUCCGCCUCGCCCGCCCCGCGGAGAGCCCGGCGCUGCCCGGCGCGCGCGGAGGCCGCCGCCGCGGAGGACGACGAGAGCUUCGCCGGCAGGCUCGCCGAGCGGCUGCCCGUCCUCGCGCUGGCCGGCGGCGCGCCAGCCUUGCCGCUCGUCGGCGGCGAGGGCUCGGAGGGCGGCGACGGCGCGAGGGCUCGGCCAGCGGCCGAGGAGGGCCCCGGCCGCCCUCGCCGCGCCGAGCGGGCGCUGGCUGGGCGCGCGCGGGGCGGCGGCGGCGGCAGAGGCGGCCGGGCUGCCGCAAGCAGCCACGGCGGCGUGGACGGCCGGCGGGAGGCGCAGCACGUCAGCGCCAUCCGCGCGUGCGGGCGCUCGGGGGACCUGCACGGCGCCCGCGAGGCGGUGGAGGAGGCCUUGGCGAGCGGGAGGGAGUGCCAGACGGACGUUUGGAAUGCGUUGUUGGACGCCUUGGUGCGCAGCAGCGGAAGCGGCGAGGGGGCCCCGGUGGAGGAGCUGUUCGGCCGCAUGAAGGAGAACAAGCAGGCCGACGUCGUGACGUUCAACAUCAUGCUCCGCGCGCGCCUCCAAGCAGGCCUCCGCGCGGAGGACCUCUUCGCCGAGAUGGCCGGGUACGGCCUCGCGCCGAACAAGGUGACCGUGAACGAGCUGCUCACAGACCGCGUGAGGGCUGGCGACAGGCGGGGCAUGUGGCAAAUAGUGGACAGCUUGCCCACGUUGGGCGUGAAGGUGAACAAUGUGAUGUGCUCCAUCGUUCUCAAGGCCGUGCCGCCAGACGGGUCGAAGAUGGGGAUGCGGCCAUGGGCGUUGGUUCUGCCGGCGAGUGCCUCGCUGAUGUCGCUCCUGCGCAGCGCAGACGGGGGCGCGACGCAGGAGCCGAACAUGAACGGCGGCUACAUCUUAUCGCAGACGCCAGGCGGCCGUGACACUCAGAAGCGCUUCCCUGCGCAGUACGCGGACUACCCGCGCGGCGUGGAGUUCUUCGACGUGUACAGCCCGCCGGUCAAGACGCUCUAUUCGCAGGUCUUCUGGAAGGGCCUUGACCCGGUGGACCUGCCCGCCGACAUCGUGAAGCGCUUUGACGGCAAAGGCAUGGCGGUCGUGGGCUUCGAGCUGGACCAGGUCCGACGCACGCCUGAAGGCGACGUGCCUGUGCCCAUUUCGGUGGCGUACAAUCUCGGGUCCAACAUGGUGGGCAAGCACGCGGCCCUCGAGAGGGUGACGCUGGAGGGGCCCGACGACCCGCGGCUGAAGGGCGUGCAGUCCUGCGGCCACCGCGCUGCCCGCGGGCAGGAGUCUUGGGUGCCCCGGGAACUCGGCACCUCGCGGAGCGGCUUGCCCGUCAUGCAGGCAUUCGGGGCCGCCAACGGCGGGGAGGUGCGCAAGAGCUUCCACGGCUACGCGCCCGGCUUCGCGCAGGUGAUCGAUUCGCCCACGAAGGUCCAGAUCACCCCCAUGCAGAUCGACACGUGGAACCGCGACGAGAUGAACGUCAGCCACCCGACGAGGUUCGUGGCGGGGCCCCUGCCCCGCAGCUCGAUGGCCCCGCCCGGCGCCGAGUACUCCGGGCUCCUCGAGUGCCCGGUGACGACGCGCAUCCGCAAGGACGUGGCGGGCAGCUACGGGGUGCAGAGCCGCGGCUCCUGCGAGGGUGUCAUCCAGACGGCCUCCGAGUGCUUCGCCGCCGCUCAGAGGGCGCUCGGCGGCGGCGGCGGCAACUUCACGUUCAGCUCCGUGUCUGAUCGUGCGAAGCCGCCCGGCUGCUCCGCAGGAGCCGACGAGGCCGACGCUCAGCUCGUCCACGUCUUCUUCAACAGCGCCGCCGAGGGCACCGCGUGCGGAGCCGGCGCCACGCGGCUGCUCGGCAGCACCAGGUCGUUGGUGCAGCUGGCCCUGUCGAUGGACACCAACACGGAACUCGUCACGAUCAACAUCACGGGACCUGUUGGGGUGUGGUUCGGCGUCGGAUUCAAUGCAACCUCGAUGGGGGACGAGCCAUGGGCCGUCAUAGUGGAAGGGGAAGGCGGCGUGACCGAGCGCAAAUUGCAGGACCAAAGUCCGGGCAAGCAGCUGCAGGCCUCAGUGACUGUGCUCUCCAACCAGCAGGUAGGUGGACAGCGCAUGGUGGUGUUAACGCGGCCGUUCCAGGGUGCAACGGCAGAGUACUUCACAUUCUCCGCAGCAGCGAAGGCGCAGCUGAAUUUCAUCAACGCCAUUGGCAGCAGCCCGCAACUGUCAUACCACAAGGAGAAGGCUCCCAGCUCCAUUGCCCUGAUGCCCCCCUCCACGCUCCCUGGAGUGUGCAUCUGCGCCAACGAGCCAGCGCCCUUCGGCAGCGCAACCGGCACGCUGACGUACGUCCGGACAGCGCAGCCCGAGGACACCGGCUCCGGCGUCAUCGGCUGGGGCAACAAGUGCGAGCCACGCCCGAGGAGCGACCUGCUGGAGAUGAGAAACCCCACCUGCGACCUGCGGACCUACACCGGGGGCCAGAUCGCGUGCCACCACAUGUUCUCGCUGCUGGACGCGGACCAGGAGAUCCCCUGGAGCGACCGGCCGCUCGAGUACCAGCUGAAGUUCCGCUUCUGGUUCCAGGAGUACAACUCCUCGUACCAUCAGGACGUCCAGCGGACCACGUGGGGCAUCGGGUCCCCCGUCGAGUACGACGUGCCCCGCUGCGGUGAGGGCGUCCCGGGCUGCUCGAGGCAGGGCGACGGCACUUGGAUCCACACCAUCAGCGGCACCUUCGCCGGCGGGGGCCGACUCGUCGCCGCACACUUCCACUGCCACGCGCCGACAUGCCUCUCGAUCUCCAUGUACAGGUGCCCGAAGGGCACCAAGGUGUGCAACGCCAGCACCGGCACGCUGCUCUGCCGCGAGGAACCCGUCUACGGGGGGACCGGCAGGGUGGACAUUCCGCGGUUCGACGAGCCUGGCUACAUCUUGCAGCCGCCUUGCUUGUGGGGCUCGGCCGAGUUUGGUCUCGAGGAGCCCCCGGACACGGACGGCGACAAGUACGUCUUGGGGUCGGUGAAAACCUCGAAUGCCACGUACGGACACCACGGUGAGAUGGCGUGGCAGCAGAUGCUUUUUGUGAAGCCGAAAGCACCAGCUGCACUCACCAAGACAUCCCCGAAGAGCGACGUCGAGCGCGCGUUCGCGCUUCUGGACGAGCUCGCUGAGCCCAUGGACGAGGUGCUCUUCUCCUCCGGCGUGGAGGCGUGCGUGCGCGCGGACGAGCUCCGCAGGGUCUCCCGUUUCAUGGAGGCGUUCGUCCUCGCGGGGGCAGCUGGCGGCGGCAGCAAGCCCGGGGGCGCGCCCGCGGUGUCCUCGGCAACGUACGGGUCGGUGAUCAAGGCGCUCGGGCAGGCCAGGGAGAUCGGCCAGGCGUGGCUGGCCUGGGACACCAUGCUCAAGACGGGCGUGAGCCCGUCCGCCGUGACCCUGGGCUGCAUGGUGGAGGCCCUCGUCGUCAGCGGUGCCGUGGAGGAGGCCUGGACCCUGCUGCACGACAUGGCCGCCGACGAG